AUGACCACUCUUGGUCGGUUUUUCUUCCGAAGGUUUCACCAGAAAAGUGUUGAUGUGAUCUCGAGAGACAUCAUCAAGCCAUCAUCUCCAACUCCAAACCACUUAAAGAACUUCAAACUCUCUCUUCUAGAACAGCUCGGUCCAACCAUCUUUGGUCCUAUGGUCUUCCUCUAUUCAGGCAACAACAACAGAACCAAACAACCUGAACAAUUACAGAAGCUAAAGAAGUCUUUAUCCGAGACUCUAACUCAUUUCUACCCUCUCGCUGGACGGCUCAAAGCCAACACAAGCAUCGACUGCAACGACUCAGGCGCUGAUUUCCUCCAAACAAAAGUUAAUUCACCGCUUUCGAGUCUCCUACAAGAACCCUCUUCAGAUAUCUUACAACAACUGAUUCCAACACCAGUCGAUUCCACAGAAGCAAGAACCAAGCUCCUUCUCGCUCAAGCGAGUUUCUUCCAAUGUGGAGGCAUGGCGAUAGGAGUUUGCAUCUCUCACAAACUCGCCGACGCGACUUCCAUCGGUUUGUUCAUGAAGAGCUGGGCUUCAAUCUCGGAUUUCGGUUCGAUCAAACCCGGUUGUUAUCCGGUUUUCGACACGGCCAAGAUCUUCCCACCUGGAAACUUCUCCGAGACUGCCCCUGCACCGGUGGUUGAGCCAGAGAUCAAGAUGGAUCUGACUCUUUCGAAGAGGUUCGUGUUCGAUUCCUCGAGCAUUCAAGCUCUGCAAGCGAAAGCUUCAAGCUUUGAAGUGAAUCAACCUACAAGAGUCGAAGCUGUUUCAGCUCUGAUUUGGAAAUCCGCAAUGGAAGCUACAAGAAAAGUUUCGGGAAAAUCGAAACCGUCGAUUCUCGCGAACUCCGCGAGCUUACGCUCUCGUCUGUCUCUACAGUUUACAGAGAACUCAAUCGGGAAUCUCGUGAGCUACUUUGCAGCGAAAGCAGAGGAAGGAGUAAAACAGAGAAAGCUUCAAACUUUGGUGGCCGAGAUACGGAAAGCGAAACAGAGGUUUCGAGAUAGCCAUGUACCGAAGCUCGUGGGAAACCGGAAUGCGACGGAGAUCAUCUGUAGCUACCAGAGAGAAGCUGGAGAUAUGAUUGCGAGUGGAGAUUUCGAUUUCUACAUCUUCUCGAGUGCUUGCCGGUUUGGUUUGUAUGAGACAGAUUUCGGUUGGGGGAAACCGGUUUGGGCUGGGUUUCCUUCGGUUAGACAGAAGAACAUUGUGACGCUUCUUGAUACGAAAGAAGCUGGUGGAAUUGAAGCUUGGGUGAAUUUGAAUGAGAAAGAGAUGAAGAUUUUUGAAGAAGAUAGAGAAUUGAUCGAAUUUGCUUCACUGAAUCCUAGUGUGAUCCAACCUUUUCUCCAUGUUCUCUGA